AUGUGGAAAAGGAAGAAGUUGGCAGUGGUUCUCCAUGUGAGCAGCUCCAUGCAAGCUGACUAAACACUCAGUGUUUGUUUUUUGGGAGACGGAAAACGAUGAGAAACAACGUGUGGAACUAAGAGGGCAACCAAGUAUGUGUCUAUAUGAGAAUAAAUGGACUAUGAGCAAUCCAUGCGUACUUUCAUACGGAUAAAACCCCGUUAUACUUAUAUUUCCUGGACUACGUACAAAUUUGACCUGCUUCACAGAUUACUUUUCAAAAGAGAGGGUGAGAACAAAAUUAGGUUAUUUUUGCACUGAGUAUAAGUUUUGAGGCUUUUGAUACUUCGGAAGAAGUAAUUUUGCGAUUUUUAAUUGCGGGCUGCCAGGAUAAGUCUGAAUUGACGUCCUGAAUAUUUUCCUUCUCAUAGUUAAUUGGAGGUUCUUACAAAUGUUCUUGAGAAAAGUAUUGAAAUGAUAGAUGGUUUUUCAGGCGAUUGAUGACGUUUUCGCAAAUGCGGCUGGCGAAAAAAACGCCUUUGUUGUCACACGGCCUCCUGGUGAGUCUAAUCAAACACGGAUGAAUUAGUCAUCUAUCGAAGUUGUUGUUGUCGUUUCUCUCAAAGAAUUUUCGAAUUAAUUUUCCUGAAAUUUCAGGAUUAAUCUUUUUAUUAAUUUUAUGUGAACCUAGCCGUAUAUGAAAAACAUGGGUUCACUCACAUCGAAAGCUUAUUUCUUUAUUUAUCUUAUGUCCUUUUUAUAAAAAAAUUUAUUAAGUUUUUUUAGUAUUUGAAAAGUAAUCUAGUGGAAAGACGAAUGUUUCAAUGAAGAAAAAAAUCGGAUGGGCUGAUUUGAAGAAAAUGAAAAAAAGAGAAGAUGAAGUGAAAUUAUGUUAAAAAAAGUGUCUUAAUUAAAUAAUAAAAACCAAUCAAAAGGGUAGUGUUAUUAUUUUUUUAAAAUAUCAACUCCUUUUUUUCUUCUUUCUGUAAAGCGAUCGUAUACUGCGUUUAAAUUUUCUUGGUGCGGUGUUCGUCCAGAUUUCUCGCAUAAACUAGAAAAAACAGUGAGAAGGGCUCUUUCUCUGAAAAACAAGUUCAUGCUAUAUUAAACUUUCCAACUUAUAAUUUCAAACAGUUAAGUAACAUUUAAUGUUAUGGUUCUAGUCGUAAUUUUACCGCAGCGAAUAGUGAAUAAGAGGCAACAAAAAUGAGACUUGAAACGGAGAAGUUGAGGGCACCACGCGUCGAGCUCGUCGUCGAGCGGCUUCUGCCUCUUCAACAACGUGGCGAUCGCCGCAAGGGUGGGUUUCGUCGGAAUAAUUGGCCGCAGGACUCCCGCCGCAUCUCCCUGCUAAUUAUAGUACGCGAUGGAGAGGUACGACGUGCGGCGCGUGCUGAUUCUCGAUUGGGACGUCCAUCACGGCAACGGAACUCAGGAGAUCUUCUACCAGGUGCCUCUCUCUGCGACCUUCUCAACUGAAGACUUGACAGGAUCGCAAUGUCCUCUACAUGUCUCUGCAUCGACACGACGGCGGUGGAUUCUAUCCGAUGGGCGAGCCGAAAGAUUUCUCAGACGUCGGCGAGGUGGGACUUGAAGUUCAUUCUCAACGUUGAGAGACAUCGGAAGUACUCGGAGAGAAAACUCCACAGUUGUACUUGGAAUAGUAAUGACAACUUGAAAGAAGAUUUAAAAGAAAAAUUGAGAACGAUCCAAAGGAAAACGUUGGAAAUUUAUACAGUUAAUCAAACAACUGUUUUCAAGUGUCCAGCUACCAUCCCAAUUUUAUCAAAUAAUCAUUAUACCUUUAGUUCAAUAGUCUGCGGUAUAUUCAAGAGAAAAAUAAGAAGUCAAACGGACAAGAGUUUUGCCAACCCUCUGACUGCCUGUCUCAUUUUCUUUUUAAGUUUCAUAGCUCUUUCAAAAAAAGUUUGAACAUUCUUUUUGAUAAUAUGAAAAUAUGAUAAAAUUUACGGUAAACCUUUUCCAAAACUUGGAAGCGUCAUCAAGCGAAAAGGAACUUUGAAAAAUAACAUGAUGGACCUGAGCCGAAAAAAAUUAGACUUGGAAUUUUAAUACUGUAGGAGAAUAUUCAGGAAGAUGGUGUUGGUUUUUCGGUGAACGUUCCUUUCAGCUCGGCGAAAAUGGGUGAUUUGGAGUAUCGAGCAGCGUUUAUGAAGGUCAAAAUGGAAGGAGAAAGACGGAAAAGCUUGCUGUUCAGGUGAUAAUGCCCAUCGCCUACGAGUUCAAUCCAGAGCUUGUUCUCAUUUCUUCUGGUUUCGAUGCGGCGGCUGGAGAUCCUCUAGGCGAAUACAAGGUCCACGGUUUUUUAAUGGAAUGCCUACGACUUUUUUUUAUCACAAUUAGAAACAUUAUCGAAACAUUUUUGAAAGUUUCUAAACUACUGGAUUCAAGCUCAAUAUUUAUUUUUCAAAAAAAGUUUGUAUAAAAAAAAUUGGGGUCAGGGAAAUGAUUCAAAAAGAGAUCAGCUUUUUCCUCGAAAAAGAUCAUUCUUGAAACAAAAUGAGCAUUUUUUUAAUAAAGCAGCUUUUUUUAAAUUUAAAAAAAGCUUAAGAAUGGGGCCUUCUUGUAUACCUUCAUCCGGACGCACGCCUUUUUCAGGUUUCCCCGGAAACGUUUGCGCUAAUGACGUAUGAGCUUUGUGGUCUGGCCGGCGGAAGGACGAUCGCUGUUCUGGAAGGAGGUAAAGCAUGCCUCAUUAUGGCAGACUCAAAGUUUGGAAGGGAUUUCUGGAAAAAGGGUCUUGAGUUCAAAGUAUCUCGGCACCCAUAAGAACAAACUUUUGUUCGAAUAAAUGUGUUUCCCAUUAGCCGUCGAGUUUUGAGGCUACAACUUAACGGCGAUCGCCGAGAGCGCUCAAGCCGUCGUCGAGACAUUACUGCAUCGAGCCGUCGUUCGGAAGCUUGUGUCUGCCAGAGAACAGUUUGCGACUAAAAAGUUUGAUUUUGCGGAGGAAAUCAAGCAAAUCGGGCUUACUUCAGGCCCCAGCUGCACCCUGAAGCCUGGACGAGUUUGCGGAAAGUUUGUCACAAACAAGAAUCUUACUGGAGCUGUUUGAUGGGGUUUCAGGUGAGAAGCCAAGUCAAUAUAAUCGAUCUAAGAAUUAACUGGGAUGCGGGCGAUUGCGAAGCGGCAUUCCCUCUAAUUCCCCCUAAAAAAAGGGGUUUUUGAACAAAAAUUUCAAAUAAUUGAAAUAAGAUUGCGGCUUUGCUUGCAAGCUUUGCACCAUACGCGUAAGAAAUCCUCAUCAUGAAGUUCAAAGUCGUGAUGGCUCUGUAUUUGUUUCCUGUUGAAUAACUCAUUUUAGAGACUGAUUGGUGAAUCGUCUGGCUCAACGCUGCUGGACCGGAAAGGCCGGCCGACUCCCACGAGCACUCCGAAAUCCGAGAAAACCUCGACGAGUUCUUCGAAGAAACUUCUGCCCACGCCGCCGUCGACGACGCCGAGAAGGUCGCCACGAAUCGCCGCCAGCCAGAAAAAGACCGAAAAAACUGAUAUGCAGAAGUUGGAGGAGGAGAUGGCGCGCUUGAUGAACCCGAAAUAG